CCCAAUUUCUUCCCAUCUCAUCUCCAUCCUCUCUCUGUAUUCUGCAAUUCAAGAGAGUGAGGAAACACUAUCAUCUGUUUUACUGUAAUCCUCCAAAAUGGCGACUAUGGCAACAACCCUCACUUCAUCACUCUCCACCAAGCCCAAGAUUUCUUUCUUGCACAACCAAUCGUCCUUCCAUGGCCUUCCUCUUCCAUCUCGUGUUCAACCCAUCAAGUCCUCCUCCUCCCCUAACCACCUCUCCAUCUCCAUGUCCUCAUCCCCAACCUACGACCUCCAAUCCUUCAAAUUUGAACCCAUCAAGGAAUCCAUUGUCUCCCGCGAGAUGACUCGUCGCUACAUGAAGGACAUGAUCACCUACGCCGAUACCGAUGUCGUCGUCGUCGGUGCUGGCUCCGCCGGUCUUUCUUGCGCUUACGAGCUCAGCAAGAACCCAUCAGUCGGUGUUGCCAUCAUCGAACAAUCCGUCAGCCCCGGUGGCGGGGCUUGGCUUGGUGGACAACUCUUCUCCGCCAUGGUCGUGCGUAAACCCGCUCACAUGUUCCUAGACGAGCUGGGUAUAGAGUAUGAUGAACAGGACAACUAUGUGGUCAUCAAGCACGCAGCUUUAUUCACCUCAACCAUCAUGAGCAAGCUAUUGGCAAGGCCUAACGUCAAGCUAUUUAAUGCUGUGGCGGCAGAGGAUUUGAUCGUCAAGGAACAGAGGGUUUCCGGCGUUGUUACGAAUUGGGCUUUGGUUUCGAUGAACCACGACACACAGUCUUGUAUGGACCCGAAUGUGAUGGAGGCGAAGGUGGUUGUGAGCUCUUGUGGGCACGAUGGUCCCUUUGGUGCCACCGGAGUGAAACGCCUCAAGAGCAUUGGAAUGAUCGAUAGUGUGCCAGGGAUGAAAGCCCUUGACAUGAACACAGCUGAGGAUGCUAUUGUUAGGCUGACGAGGGAGAUUGUUCCUGGAAUGAUUGUAACUGGCAUGGAGGUUGCAGAGAUUGAUGGAGCCCCAAGAAUGGGUCCGACCUUUGGUGCGAUGAUGAUAUCUGGGCAGAAGGCAGCUCACCUUGCAUUGAAGGCAUUGGGGUUGCCUAACGCCAUUGAUGGAACCUUCGGUGAGACACAAAACUUUAAUCCAGAGCUUAUCCUCGCCUCUGCGGACUCUGCUUCUGAGGCUGUGAACGCCUAAGAUACUGAAAUUAUCAGAGAAAAGAAGAGAACAAUAUUAAUCCAGAGCUUAUCCCGAACAAAUGCUUGUUGAUGAUCAAUAUUAAUCCAUAGCUUUUCUCGAACAAA